CUUUUGGUUCUUUCUUGAUUUCACGUGUCCCAAUUUCACGUCUCUUUGCUUUACUGUGUACAAGAAAUCAAUAAAUCAAAUCUGUUAGUUUAGAUUUCCAGUUCGUCUCUCUGAAUCCAUUUCUUCUUCUCAGCAAAAACCCUAAACCACGCGAUCUCAAUCGGAAUAAGAUUCGUUUCCAAAUACCCAUUUGCUUUAAACCCUAAUUUUGAUCUAAAACCUUCGUUUUAUUUACAUCGGGGGAUUUCUUUCCUUCCUUAAAUGUCGCCGCCGGCGGUGGAAUUACGAUCUCCGGCGAUAUCCCCACCAGUCGAAUGCUCGUCAGCCACGCUCCAAAACACUGAGCUUAACCCCCAUCGAUUCGAUACAUCGUUUGGUUUACCCGCUUUUUGUACCGGUGAUUUACAGGGUGACCAGCAGGGAGUGAAGUCUUCUAGCGCUAGUGAUCCGAGUGGACUCGAUUUGAAGUUCGUUUCUGAUUCUCAACGUGUGGCUCGAUCGCGGCCGAGACUUACGAAGGUCAGGAAACGGGUUGCGUCGCAGCAUGCGAGGUCGAAAGUUGGUUCUUGCGAGGUUAGUUCGAAUGAUGAGUUUGUGUUCUUAGGUGAUACUAAGAAAUUUGACGGUGGUUUUGUGUUUGGAGCGAAUCGGGAUGGCGAUUCGAAUUCUGGGAAUACGGUGUCCAACGAUGAUGUGCAUAAGAAAUUGGCUUCUGGGAAGGUCGAGAAUGAAGGGUUUGUAUUUGGUGCUAAACUGAGCAACUGUGCUUCGAGUUCAGAAACUUCAGACAACAAAUGUGAACAGUCUAGUGUGAAUUGUGAGAAACUUGUAGCGGACGAUGGGGUGAAGAUGAAGGCAGAGUGGAAAUGGGAGAAUUUCGUGAAUGCUGGGAAGCUUGACUCCGGUGGUGGUAGAAUGAAAAUGGAUUCCGUAACGAAUCCUGCCACGAAUAACAAUACGGAGACGAUUGAUCUGGCAUCCACGGUUAAUACAGAAGAGGAAGAACUUGAUAAAUCCGUGGGGAAGGCGGGUACUGAGAGUUGUAGCAAUCUCAAAACUAAAAAUGAUGAUUAUUUAACUAAAUCUUUUGAUUCGAAGUUUGUUUUUGGCGACAGUUGGUUUGAUGCAACAAGUAAUGUAGGAAGUUCUGUUCCUGAUUUCGGAGUCGAGAUGAAAGCAGAAAGCUCAGCAGCAUUUCAGAAUGCGGAAGCUAGUAAUGUUAACUUAGGUUGUGAAGAGGGUAGGACCCUCAAGGAAGAUCUUGGUAGAGAUGUAUUUAUAUUCGGGAGUUCCAGCUUAAAUAAAGCAGUGAAAGGGAGGUCAAAGACACUAUUUACACUACCGGAUGAGAUGAAGAAUCUGAACAUCAAUGAUUCUGGGAGUAUUAGUGGAUGUAAAAAGGCUGAGUGUUCAAAUGCUACCUUUGCUGAGACCUCUUCCAGCUCUAAUGAUUGUGACAAGCCAUCUGGCUCUUCAGAAGGUCUGGCAGGCUCUACUGGUAAGACCUUUGAGGAUAAUCCUGAACGUAAUGGAUGCUUUGUAGGUUGUGGUGGGUGUCAGUUUCCUAAAUCCUGUGUAAAUGAUACUUUACAUGUACAAAUGGCCUCAACAACAUCAUCAUUCUCAACAGCUAACUUUCAAUGUCAAUCAAAUGAUAAUCCACAAGUUCAUUUGGGUGAAGUUGGAAAAAACAAUGAACACGGUUCUUUAGAUACCGAAAAUGAUUUUACUUCCGGGGAAUUUAAAAUUCCACAGUGGGACCCUUCUUCUUUCAAAGAAAAUCUGUUCUCAGACCUCAAUAGGAAUUCAGUAUCGAGUAUUAAGAGUAAAUUGAACAAAACUAAGAAAAAGAAAGCAAGGGGAAAUCUGAGGCAAGCUAAAUUGCAAGAUAGAGUGUCAAAGGACGAUGACAGCUCCCAAAUUAAUCUGGACUCUCCUGGAUCUUGCACACCUAUGGAUUUCUCCCCCUAUCAGGAAACUAUGUCUGUUGAUCAUUAUUCAAGAGAUAUGCCCGGUGAAUCCUCCGACCCAGUCCAUAGUUAUGUACCUUGGACAACAGAUUCUACAGUCUGUACCAAUGAAAAUGAUGUUCUUUUAACUGGAAGAAAAGUAACAGAUGCACAUAAUGGUAUUUGGAAAUAUAGUGAUCCUACCGUGGGAAGUUUUGGGCAUCAUAGAGAUGGGAACUCUGUUCAUAGUUUUGAUUCUAGAAAUGAAACAGCCUGCUCUAGCCUCAAAACCGAGCAGUGCCGUAGCAGAGGUUUUGAUGGUGGGGUUUCUACAGAACCUACAGCGGCUUUCAACGUGAGCUCAGAUACACUAGAAAGCAAUGACAAAAGUUUUACAUUUUCUGCAUCUUCUGCCAUCCAAGCUAGUUUAUCAGAAACAAAGAGCCGGCACAGAAAGAGAAAUAAGAAGAAGUCCAAUCACAAUGCAUUUGUCAUCUCCCCAAGUCCAGAUAUUAAGUUAGGACUACCUCUUGAUUUUUCAUCCAUUGGCAACUCAUCUUUGCAUUCAGAGGCUUCAAGUAAAUCGAAAGCAGAAGAAAAGCCUAAUCAAGGGUAUUCUUUCGCGGCUGCAAUUCAAGAGACAUGUGAGAAGUGGCGACUCAGAGGAAACCAGGCGUACAAAAAUGGGGAACUCUCAAAAGCUGAGGAUCUGUAUACACAGGGGAUAGACUCUGUCCCACCUAAUGAAGGAUCGACAUCUUGCCUUAACUCCCUCAUGCUCUGCUACAGCAAUCGUGCAGCCACACGAAUGUCACUUGGAAAGAUUAGGGAAGCUUUGGAAGAUUGUGGGAUGGCUACUGAACUAGAUCCGAACUUUCUCAAAGUUCAAGUGAGGGCUGCAAAUUGUCAUCUUCUUCUUGGGAAAAUUGAGAAUGCAUUACAGUAUUUCAGCAAGUGCUUAGAGUCUAGGGAGGGUAUAUGUUUAGAUCGGAGGAUGGUAAUUGAAGCAGCUGAUGGCCUCCAAAAGGCUCAGAAAGUUGCCGAAUGUACAAGGCAUUCUUCUGAACUUAUGGAACAAAAAACUGAAGAUGCAGCUCUCAAUGCCCUGGAUUUGAUUGCUGAGGCUUUAUCCAUCAGUCUGUAUUCAGAAAAAUUACAUGAAAUGAAAGCCGAAGUACUCAUUAUGCUCCAGAGGUAUGAAGAGGCAAUUAGGCUGUGUGAGCAGAGUCUUUGUUUUGCGGAGAAAAAUUGUAUUGCAGAAAGUGUUAUUGUUGAAACAGAUGUUUCUAGAUGUCAAAGUCCUUCACUCGCUAGAUUGUGGAGAUGGUUCUUGAUAACAAAAGCUCUUUUCUUUCUUGGAAAAUUUGAGGAUGCUCUCAAUACAGUUGGGAAAAUUGAGCAAGAGAAGUUUAACGAAGAAAAGUCUAGAAGAAAAAGUUUGGAAUCAUCAUUUGCAUUAGCGGACACAAUACGUGCACUUCUGCGUUGUAAGAGUGCAGGGAAUGAAGCAUUUCGAUCAGGGAAAUACGCUGAAGCAGUGGAGCAUUAUACAGCUGCAUUAUCUAUUAAUGUUCAAUCCAGAUAUUUCACUGCAGUUUGUUUAUGUAAUCGUGCCGCAGCAUACCAAGCUUUGGGUCAGAUUGCUGAUGCCAUAGCUGAUUGUAAUCUUGCCAUUGUCCUUGAUGAAAAAUACUCGAAGGCAUUUUCUAGAAGGGCAAAUUUCCAUGAGAUGAUCAGAGAUUAUGGUCAAGCAGCUAGUGAUCUCAAGAAAUUUAUUUUCAUUGUUGAAAAUCAAUCUGAUGACAAGGUCACGCCUAGUAGACAGGCGGGUAGUGUCGAGUUGAAGAAAGCUCGUAGGAAUAAGCCUUUAAUGGAAGAAGCCGCUAAGAAAGAAGUUUCCUUGGAUUUUUACCUUAUCUUGGGAGUUAAACCAACUGACACUGUAUCGGACAUUAAAAAGGCGUAUCGUAAAGCAGCCCUCAAGCAUCAUCCUGACAAGGCUGGUCUGUUCUUAGCAAGAGGUGACAGCAGUCAUGAUGGACGACUCUGGAAAGAAAUCUCCCAGGAUGUUUAUAGGGAUUCUGACAGGCUUUUUAAGCUCAUUGGAGAGGCGUAUGCUGUGCUCUCAGACUCCAGUAAGAGAUCACAUUACGAUCUUGAAGAGGAAAUAAGAAAAACUGCGAAGGAAAGCAACAGAGGCAGCAGCAACAAUAGAAGAUCUUCCUCCAAUGCCCAUGGCUGCUCUCCAUUUGAGCCAUUUGAGAGAAGCGCCAAUGGACGAAAGUACCAGAACAACUGGAAGUCGUGGGGAAGUUCGCAAUCUCGAUGGUAAGCGGAGACCGACCACGUCUGUACAAAACUUCAUUAUCAUCAUCAUGGAAAGGGAAGAAUGAGAGAGAGGGAGAGAGAAGGCCAAGCAAGCUGGGAAGAUCAUCAAAAGCUAACCACAGAAGAAGGUUGAAAUAUAUUUUUUUCUGCAUUUCAACGCCUGAGCGGAGGCUAAUUAGUGGGGUAUAGUCUUCCCAGUUGCUCUUAUAUUGUAUUCAUAACAAUUUUGUUUCUAAAAUUUAUGAUGAUUUUUUUGGGGUCUUUUUGAGAUU